GGCUGGGCGGAGCGAAGGCAAGAGUAGAGAGAUAAACCCUCUCUGAAAUUACCAGGGGAGGGGAUAAAAACAUAGAAAACCCUCGUCAAGUCUUUGAUCUGCUUUGUUUUCAGUUCACCGCAGCAAUAACGAGAGGGAGGUCUAACCAGGAUGAACGGUGAUUCUGGUGCCGGGGUGGUGACGGUGCCCCCUCCCACCACAGCCCCACACAAAGAGCGGUACUUUGACCGAGUGGAUGAGAGCAAUCCAGAGUACCAGAGGGAGAGAAACAUGGCUCCUGACCUGAGACAGGACUUCAAUAUGAUGGAGCAGAAGAAGAGGGUCUCCAUGAUUCUACAGAGCCCGGCAUUUUGUGAAGAGCUGGAGACCAUGAUCCAGGAUCAGCUGAAGAAGGGGAAGACGCCCACGAGCCUGUUGGCCUUGCAGCAGAUUGCAGACUUCAUGACCACCAGCAUGCCCUCCAUGUACCCUGCUGCACCGCAAGGAGGCAUGGCAGCGCUCAACAUGAGUUUGGGAAUGGUAACUCCUGUCAAUGAUCUGCGAGGCUCUGACUCCAUUUCCUAUGAAAAGGGCGAGAAGCUGCUCCGCUGCAAGCUGGCUGCAUUUUAUCGACUCGCUGACUUGUUUGGCUGGUCUGAGCUCAUCUACAACCACAUCACAGUCAGAGUGAACUCUGAGCAGGAGCGCUUCCUUAUCGUCCCCUUUGGGCUCCUUUACAGUGAAGUCACUGCUUCUAGUCUGGUGAAGAUAAACAUCGAAGGUGAGAUAGUGGACCGAGGAAGCACUAACCUGGGGGUCAACAAGGCCGGCUUCCUCCUCCACUCUGCCAUCUACGCUGCACGACCCGAUGUCAAGUCUGUUGUACAUAUACACACCGCGGCAGGCGCUGCGGUGUCAGCCAUGAAAUGUGGGCUGUUACCCGUCUCACCUGAGGCACUGUCCCUGGGUGAGGUGAGCUAUCAUGACUACCACGGCAUUCUGGUGGAUGAAGAGGAAAAAGGUCUUAUACAGAAAAAUCUUGGACCUAAGAGCAAGGUUCUAAUCCUAAGGAACCAUGGCUUGUUGACUUUAGGAGAAACUGUGGAGGAGGCUUUUUAUUACAUUCACAACCUGGUGACUGCCUGCGAGAUCCAGGUGCGAACACUGGCCAGCGCUGGAGGGCCAGACAAUCUGGUGAUGCUGGACCCUGCAAAGUAUAAGUCCCGUCCCCGGGUUCCUGAGCCGGCUGUUGACGGGUCCUCAACCCAUCCCAAGUGGCAAAUUGGGGAGCAGGAGUUUGAGGCUCUCAUGAGGAUGCUUGACAAUUUGGGCUACAGGACAGGCUAUCCUUACCGCUGCCCGGCACUGCGAGACAAAGGUAAAAAGUACAGUGACGUGGAGCUCGCCUCCUCCACCCACGGUGGUUACUCAUAUGGGGAGGACAGUGACUCAGGCGCUCGCUCCCCACUGAAACACAGCUUCCAGCGCGGCCAGCGUGACAAGACCCGCUGGCUUAAUGCUAGCGGCCGGCCCGAUGAGCCCUAUGAGGACGGGCCCGACAGCACCAGCCCCAAGUCGAAGCCUAAGUGGACAAAGGAAGACGGGCUCCGCCAGGCUGCAGCAGCCAAUCAGUUCAUUCCAUUGAACACUAACCCAAAGGAAGUCCUGGAAAUGAGGAAUAAGAUCCGGGAGCAGAACCUGCAGGACAUAAAGACAGCAGGACCCCAGUCUCAAGUUCUGUGUGUCGGCACUGUGGUGGAACGAACCUACAACCAGGGCGAGCUUGUGACUGCAUCCAAGGCCAUCAUUGAGAAGGAGUACCAGCCCAAGGUUAUUGUCAGCAAGACUGGUCCCAACCCCUUCAACAAACUCACCGACCAGGAGCUGGAGGAGUACCGCCGGGAGGUGGAGCUGAAACAGAAAGGAGUUGAAGUGAAAAAACAACGAGACGGUUGUAAAACAGGAUCAGCCUCCACCUCCAGUGUUGUCAAGUCAGAGACGAAGACGGUGCCAACUGGUCAGACCUCUGUUUCCACACCUCUAUGUUCAAGCCCCGGCUUGGAGAAUGCCCAGAGCCCUUCUUCUCAGAGCCCAUCUGGAGGCCCUGAGCCAGCUCGUGGCGCUGCAGAGGUGGAUGCAGACGAUGUUUUUUCACCUGCAGAUGAGGUCUUUUUAGCUCCAGAUGUGCUGACCCUCAGCAAGGAGAAAGCAGAUGUAAAAGCACCUCAGGAAGUUCAGGCUCCAGAUCCAGAGCAGCAAGUUGAGUCUUUGGAGGAGCCCAAAGGCCCUAAACUCACAUCCACGCCACCGAGCUCCCCGAUCAGAGCAGAGGAAGAGUCCGUGCCAGAACAAACCUUUAAGGAUGAGAGCGACGCAGCCACCCUGAGACAGACCCUCCCAGAUUUAACACCCGACGACCCCUCUGAAGCUCCAGCGCUUCCUGCCGAAGACGCCGCCUCUCCUGCACCUCCCUCCACAGAAGCAGCUGAGGCGGAGGAACCCGCCGACGCCGGGGACCAGGACGGCGAGGAGUCUCCCAGUAAAUCCCCCUCCAAAAAGAAAAAGAAGUUCCGCACUCCUUCCUUCCUAAAGAAAAACAAAAAAAAGUCAGAGUCGUAAGAUUGGAGAAUGACGGAGGGGUCUCGCAGGCUGGCAUCUGUUUGGUUUUCUUUUCUUUUUGUCUUGUCACGGC